AUUGAAAACAUUUCCAAUGAUUUGAUUUUAAUUUGUUGUAGAACUCGAACCUACAAAGCUACGUAUAUUGCCACUGUUUAAAUUCCUGUGAUACAGAACUCUUAAUUUUUUUUAUGUUUUCUAAAAUCAAGCUUUAAAUGAUGAUGAAAUAAAGUUAAAUAUGUAUGUUUAAAAUUUGUCUUAAAAUAUGUUUAUAUUGGUGUGGUAUUAACACAUACAAUAGAAUGGAUUCAGUAUAGCAAAUAAUAUCUUGUGCUUACUGAGGCCUAAGGAUACAAACUUGAAUAAAUCUGGAGGUACUUUCAAUUUAAUGAACAAGCUUUGAUUAUAUCUCUUUAAUCUUAUAACCUUAGACUUAAAAUAAGCAUCAUUCUCUGUAAAAAAUAAUAGAUGUCAUUGGAAUUAAUUCAUUUUAGCAUGUAGUGUACUGGAGAACUUUUCUAUCCUCUUAGCCUUAUUGCCAGCCUAGUUUUCCUUAUUUUUUAAGGGUCAGUUUAAGGCAAACUUCUGACGUCUUUUCUCAUCUCUAUUCUAAAUGUUACCUUGUUUUGUAAUUAAGUGCUUAGUAUCAGACACCGUUCUAAGCUUUUUAUAUGAUUUAACUCAUUAACCUUCACUAUAAAGUAAAAACACAUGGCCUGUAUCACUCAUUCAGAAAUUACAAAGUGAGCACCUGUUAAAGUGCCAAGUAUUAGGAUGAAUGAAAUAAAGUCCUGGUCUUUCUAAAGCGUGAGAUAUGGAGAGGAAAAUAGAUGGCAAUCUUCCAGGCAGUUACUACACAGGUUUAUCUCAUUAUGUAUUUGUCUUUGUUUUUUCACCUGAGUAAUCUAAUCUCUUUGAUCCAGUUGCCUGCUUGUUAAGAAUAAAGGGCAAUUCUCUCAUUGCAAGACAAAUAAGUGCCAGUAAUUGAUGACAGGUGGAGGAAUGGAAACAUGUUCCGACUGGGCCUAUCAGGGUCUGAAAUAGAGCCCCAGAAGGGACUGAACCACACGUCUCCAGGAUUCUUCUCCCAGUGUCAUCAAUUGGAGAGAGGAGUCAAGCCUCCAUGGGAAUUCACACAGAGAAACUAGACAACAGCGGAAGGUGCCCUGCUCCAGCUGCAGGGACUCAGCCAGAAAGACUGGAAUACUACAUGACUCUACCUGCAAGUUGGGGAAGGAGAACUCAACACUAUUUGAGAUCUGACUACUGGUGUGAGGAGAGAGAUUGCAGAUGGGAAGGAAGUGGUGCCAAGAGCUGCAGCUGCAAAAAGAAGACCUCGUCUGUGGAGGUGGACACCCACAGCGAAAGCACUACAUCAUCUGAGGGUGCCACUCGUACCUUGCUCAUCCAUGGCCCCGUUGAGCUCAAGAAAGGCUGGAGGAGGCAGAAGUGGCAGCUUUUCUUGUACAGCGAUUUAUUACUGAUGUCUAAUACCAAGUAUAAGAAAAACUUUAAGAUAAAAAAGAAAAUACCACUGAACACCAUGUGGAUUGCCAACUGCAUGGAUACAGUGGGAGAUGCCAACAUCCGUUCUGGGAGGUCCUUUGUGUUGGGCUGGCCCACGAUGAACUUCGUGGCCACCUUCAGUUCUUCAGAACAAAAGGAAAAAUGGCGUUCUUACCUUCAAAGGUACAUCAUGCUAGCCAAAGAGAAGGAGCAGCCAAAAAGCAUUCUCCUCAAAAUCUUCACUGAGAACAUCAAGAACUGUGCCUGUUCUGUAACUGUAAGAGUGACAAAUUCUGACACGGCAAAUGACACUAUCAACAUGUUACUAACAAUGCUGGGAAUAACCGGCUCUGAGAAAGACUUCCAGCUGUGGGUGAGUUCUGGCAAGGAAAAACUUCCACUAAUUGGACAUGAACAUCCCUAUGGAAUUAAAAUGAGCCAUCUUCCAUCUACUAAACCUCUGCCAAAGGAAGCAGAGGACUCCGUCUCUCCUUCCCCAACUCAGGAGUCCCUCCUUCUGGAGCAGAAGAUCACAGACGUGCAAAUCCAUUUCAUACUGAAGCCCAGGCACCCAGCCCAGAACAAGCAAGAGAGAGAUUCAGGCCAGAAGACCAUGAAAAGCACUGUUUUCAGAGACUGGGCCUUUUGGUGGUGCGCUGGCACUUGCCAGAAAAACCACUGCAGAGUUGCACCAUCUGCAAAACCACGACAACUCUUUGGGGUUUCCCUCACAGAUAUCUGUGAUAAGGACAACUUGCCCUUCCCAAUACUGGAUAUGCUUUCCGUGAUCAAUCGGAAAGGACCACUCCUGGAAGGCAUCUUCAGAAAAUCAACCUGUAUAAAUUCAUGCAGAAACCUAAAAGAGAAACUAAAUUCUGGGGACAGAGUUAACUGUUAUAGCAAAUCUGUUCAUGUGGUAGCAUGUGUUUUAAAGGAUUUUCUUGAAAAUAUCGAAGGAAGUUUACUUUCAUCCAAACUCUAUGAAAAAUGGCUUGGUGUUCUUAACGAAGUGACUGAGAAGGAAAAAAUAAAUGCAGCCCAGAGGCUUCUAACACAGCUGCCAAAAGCGAAUGUUGUUCUCUUGCGAUACCUUUUCGGUGUGUUAUACAACAUUGAGCAACAAUCCUCAUCCAAUCAGAUGACAGCUUAUGAUUUAUCAGUGUGUAUAGCCCCAAGCAUUCUUUGUCCACCUAAUACCUGCAGCUUGGAAUUGGAAGACAACUUCAUUAAAAAGGCUUCUCUUGUACAGUUUUUGAUUGAAAAUUGCCUCAAGAUAUUUGGAGAAGACAUCACUUCUCUCUUGGGAGAGAAUUCAAAGAGUUGUCAUAACAAUGAGAAGGCUGCAGAUUCAGUCCAGAACACCUUGAAAAGCACUUCUUUUAGAGACUCGGCCUUUUGCCAGCACAUUGGCACUUCCCAGUACAACCAGUACACAGCUCUACUGUCUGCAAAACCAGGACAGCUCUUUGGAGUUUCCCUUAUGGAUAUCUUUGAUAAGGACAUCAUGCCCUUACCAAUACUGGAUAUGCUUUCCUUUAUCAAUGAGAAAGGACCACUCACGGAAGGCAUAUUCAGAAAACCAGGUAGUAUAAAGUCAUGUGGAAUCCUAAAGAAGAAACUAAAUUCUGGAGACAGAGUGAGGCAUUACAGCAAAUCUGUUCUUGUGGUAGCAUUUGUUUUAAAGGAUUUUCUUGAAAAUAUCGAAGGAAGUUUACUUUCAUCGGACCUCUAUGAAAAAUGGCUUGGUGUUCUUGACGAAGUGACUCAGAAGGAAAAAAUAAAUGCUGCCCAGAGGCUUCUAACACAGCUGCCAAAAGCGAAUGUUGUUCUCUUGCGAUACCUUUUCGGUGUGUUAUACAACAUUGAGCAACAAUCCUCAUCCAAUCAGAUGACAGCUUAUGAUUUAUCAGUGUGUAUAGCCCCAAGCAUUCUUUGUCCACCUAAUACCUGCAGCUUGGAAUUGGAAGACAACUUCAUUAAAAAGGCUUCUCUUAUACAGUUUUUGAUUGAAAAUUGCCUCGGGAUAUUUGGAGAAGACAUCACUUCUCUCUUGGGAGAGAAUUCAAAGAGUUGUCAUAACAAUGAGAAGGCUGCAGAUUCUGUCCAGAACACCAAGGAAAGCAGUGCUUUCACAAACUCGUCCUUUGGCCACUGUGCUGGCACUUGGCAGAACAACCAGUGCACAGCUGCACCGUCUGAAAAAUCAGGACAGCUCUUUGGAGUUUCCCUCACGGAUAUAUUUCAUAAGGACAACUUCCCGUUCCCAAUACUGGAUUUUCUUGAAAAUAUCGAAGGAAGUUUACUUUCAUCGGAACUCUAUGAAAAAUGGCUUGAUGUUCUUGACGAAGUGACUGAGGAGGAGAAAAUAAAUGCAGCCCAGAGGCUUCUAGCUCAGCUGCCAAAUGUGAAUGUUGUUGUCUUGCGGUACCUUUUUGGAGUGUUAUACAGCAUUGAGCAAGAAUCCUCACCCAACCAGAUAACACCUUAUGAUUUAUCAGUGUGUAUAGCCCCAAGCAUUCUUUGUCCACCUAAUUCUGGCAGCUUGGAAUUGGAAGAGAACUUCGUAAAAAAGGCUUCUCUUAUACAGUUUUUGUAUGAAAAUUGCCUCGGGAUAUUUGGAGAAGACAUCACUUCUCUCUUGGGAGAGAAUUCAAAGAGUUGUCAUAACAAUGAGAAGGCUGCAGAUUCAGGCCAGAAGACCACUAAAAGAAGUCUUUUCAGAAGGUUAGCCUUUUGGUGCUGCGGUGGUAUUUGCUGGAAACAAGUGCACAGCUGAGCCUUCUGCAGAACCCAGAGAGCGCUUUGGAGUUCCCUCUCGCGGAUAUCUGUAGUAAUGACAACUUGCCCUUCCCAAUUCUGUGACAGAAAAACCACCUGUUGAAUCCAAGCCAGUGAGAGAGAGGAGUGAUUUCCAACAAGGCACAACUGCAGAAUGCUACCAAGUCCCCAUCUGGCAUGGGUCCAUCCACCUACAUGUCUACAGUUUACUAAGUCAUUGAAGACUGGAAUCUCCAUAAUGAUACUUGACACUUCCUUUUUCUUUAUUCUUCCCAUGAGUGAAAAAUGAACCCCUUCCACGAUCCAGCUAUUUCCAUUUAAAGGUUUUUCAUUGGUCCCAUAUAUUCAUAUUGAGGAAAUCUUCCCACAAAUUAUUUCCUCUAUCUUCAAUGCCUACCAUAUCUAUCAUAUUACAUAGUUUUGUAUUGUGUUGUGUUGUAUGUAUUUAUAUGAAUAAUAAUCAUUCCAUAACUCAGUAA